AUAUAAGCUGGUUCUUGAACAUUAUAUGUUAAAUUGAUCUCACACACAUAUAUAUAAAAGGAGUGAGUUAGAAAAAUGGGAGUGCACUUAGGAAAUUAUUGUUAUGUGUUGAUAAUAGUGUUGGUGUUGGGAAAAGAAGUGAGAAGCCAGUCGUUAACAAAUGGUUAUUAUUCAACUUCAUGUCCAAAAGCUGAGUCGAUAGUAAGAUCUACCGUUGAAUCUCACUUUGAUUCUGAUCCCUCAAUUUCUCCUGGCUUGCUUAGGCUUCACUUUCAUGACUGUUUCGUUCAGGGUUGUGAUGGGUCGGUUUUAAUCAAAGGGAAAUCUGCGGAGCAAGCCGCUCUAGCGAAUGGAGGUCUAAGAGGGUUCGAAGUGAUAGAUGAUGCGAAAGCCAGGCUCGAGUCGGAGUGUCCUGGAGUUGUAUCCUGUGCAGAUAUACUUGCACUCGCUGCUCGUGACGCUGUUGACUUGAGCUCUGGGCCAAGCUGGCGAGUUCCAACGGGUCGUAAAGACGGGAGAAUCUCGUUGGCAUCGGAAGCAUCGAAUCUACCUUCGCCACUUGACUCUGUUGCUGUUCAAAAGCAAAAGUUUCAAGCUAAAGGCUUGGAUACUCAUGAUCUCGUUACUCUACUCGGUGCACAUACGAUAGGACAAACCGACUGUCAAUUCUUCCGUUACCGUCUAUACAACUUCACGGUGACCGGAAACUCCGACCCAACCAUAAGCCCAUCGUUUCUUACGCAGCUCAAGACUCUUUGUCCUCCCAAUGGAGACGGUUCGAAACGUGUUGCUCUUGACAUUGGUAGUCCCUCAAAAUUUGAUGUCAGCUUCUUCAAGAACCUACGAGACGGCAACGCCAUUUUGGAGUCGGACCAACGGCUUUGGUCGGACUCCGAGACAAAUGACGUGGUGAAGAAGUAUGCGAGUACUAUUAGGGGUUUGUUAGGGUUUAGAUUUGAUAAAGAGUUUAGUCAAGCUAUGGUUAAGAUGAGUUCCAUUGAUGUCAAGACAGACGUCGAUGGUGAGGUUAGGAAAGUUUGCUCGAAAGUGAACUAGUUUGAGUAAAACAUAAGGAAAAAAAAAGAGAUUAUAAAUAAUACCGAGUGUAUGUCUUGUGGUUAUCAACGAGUACGUACCUUGCGGAAAUGUUGACUCCUUAAUCUCAACUUGGCUGAUCCGAGACCAAAGGCGAUUAUGGGUCAAAGGUCUGUAAUUUCUUUUGUUGUUAAAAAUAAUAUAUAUAUAUAUAUAUAUUAAUAUAUAUAGCUCCAUAUUUAAAUUUCCAGGGAAGUGUAAUUGUCAAAUGUUUCUCAAAUAACUUUUUAUUGUCGAGUUUGUUUUGAAUGGUAAAAACAAU